UGUCAGCCUGGAGUCAGAAUUUCACCAAACGAAACGUCUUGCAUUUUCCAACAAGAACAGAAAAUCCCACAAAAUCAGUGAAUUGAUCCACCACAAGACAAAACCAAGAACUUUAAAGAAAUUUCGUCAGGAAUCUAAUAUAUUAACUUAUUUGCAGAAUGGAAAAGUGGCUCAAAGAUCGCCUGUCUUGUUGUUUAGAUUUCGAUGUUCCAGAUGACAUGGUAAAGUUCAUCAUGACCAUCAAAACCUCCGAAGAGCUCGAUGACUACUUCGAAAGUCUACUGAAUGCCGAAUAUGAUGAACAUCGUCUUUUCAUUGCCGACUGCAAACAAAGGCUCUUCAGCAAAAUCAUUCCAAGCAAAAAAGCCCCUAUGCCAACCCAACCGCAGUUAAAAACUACUAAGAAACAAGAUAAAACCGCACCCGGCAGUGGUACCACCAGCGGUGGGAAUGCCGGAGGUAGUGGUGGAGGUGGUGUUGGAGGUGGAAAGAAGAAAAACAAAUUCGUCAACCUGUUUACCAACGAUGGCAAAAUUCCAAACACCAUCAUGCUCAAAGGACGCCGACAUUGCAAUUGCGAAGCUUCAAAACACAACUUGAUCAACAACUGUUUGAGUUGCGGUCGAAUUGUUUGUGAACAGGAGGGCAGUGGACCGUGUUUGUUCUGUGGCGAAUUGGUGUGCUCCAUGGAGGAGAUGCAACUCAUUAAUUCCUCGACGAAAAAAGGUGAGAAUCUGAAGAAGACUUUGCAGGAGAAAGGCGGCGGUGAGGCUCUCCGAAAAGCUAUCGAACAACGCGACAGACUUCUGGAGUUCGAACGCAAUAGUGAGGUCAGAACCGAGGUCAUUGACGAUGAAUCAGAUUAUUUUCAAGAAAACUCAGUCUGGCUUUCGGAUAUUGAACGUGAAAAAUUGGAACGUCUUAAGCAGGAAAUGCACGAUAAAAGGCACAUGAAUCGUUCUGAGAGACAAGUUAAAAUGGAUUUAUUUGGUCGAGAAAUAGAAGAGGAAGCCAUUCCCGAAGACUAUGAGAAAAGAGUGCGUCAAGAAAUUCAAGAUACGUUAUUCAAGACAAGUGAUAAGUGGUCAAAUGGUAAAACUAAUGCGCAUCCGCAAGACGAUAACAGUAUAUUCGACACAAGAAAUGAGGGCUACAAGCCAUCUUACGUACGAGUCGGUCCACAAGUUGAAAGUACCCAUGGAAUGGAAAACGUCGAUUGUGCUUACAAUCGGGUGCAGGACAAGGAACUGAUGGAAAUGCAAGAUAUGCGCAGAUGUCUGUCAAUGCAUCAGCCAUAUGCUACUCUUUUAGUGCAUGGCAUUAAAAAACAUGAAGGACGUACAUGGUACAGCAGUCAUCGUGGUCGGAUGUGGAUUGCAUCGACAGUUAAAGAACCUAGCAAUGAGGAAAUAAAUGAAGUUCAAGAUUUCUACAAAGCGCACUAUAAAGAUGACUCAAUUAAGUUCCCAUCACAAUACCAAACGGGUUGUCUUGUUGGUUGUGUUCAUAUCGAGGAUGUCCUCACCCAAGAGGAAUAUAGGAAAAAAUAUCCCAAUGGAGAGUCUGACAGUCCCUACGUUUUUAUUUGCACAGAUGCACAAGUUCUUCCUGUGGUCUUUCCUAUCAAAGGGUCACAUAAAAUCUAUCAAAUUGAACCAAAAGUUCAUAGAGCGGCUUCAAUGGCCUUACUUCGUAUACAAAACUCAGCACAAACUUGAUAGUGCGUAUUAAAAUGGGAAUAUUACAAAAAUGAAAUAAAUCAAAUUUAUUGUUGUACAAAAUA